AUGGCCUCCUCAACAACAGGUGAUGCGGGGAAGGCAACGAGGCCGCAGCCAAGGGAUAUGGCGCACCACAUUAACAAGCGGGUGCUGAACCAGGCCCCGAGUGCGAUGAAGGCAUACGGCGCGCUGGCGGACAGCAAGCCUGGUCUGACGUCCUUGGCAGGAGCCAACUUCUUUCCCCUGCAGCAUGCGCACUUCACCUUGCCCUCCUUCUCGAGUCUGAGCGAUGUUCAGAGCGCCAUGGCCGGCCCCGCGGCCGCAAUCCACCUCGACAAGUCGGGCGAUGGGCCCGGACCAGCAGGUCUGAUGGACCUGCGGACCGUGCUGCAGUACGGACUGACAAAGUCGUACCCUCAGCUCGUGGACCGGCUCAUCGCGCUGAACGAGCUCCUGCACGGCGUCCCCCACAGCGAAUCGGCAGUCACGGCGACGCUGGGGAAUACGGACGGCGUGUCCAAGGCGAUGACGCUGCUCGUCGAGGACGGGGAUAUUGUGCUCGCAGAGGAGUUUGAGUUCCCCGCGAGCGUGAACGCUGGUCGUGCCAAGGGAGCCACCUUCGCCCCCGUACCGCUCGACAGCGAGGGCAUCGUCCCCGAAGCCCUUGACAAGAUCCUGAGCGAGUGGGACACGAAGAAGGGCAAGAAGCCGCAUGUCCUGCUCACGACGCCUUGCGGCCAGAACCCGACCGGAUGCGUCUCGACGCCCGAGAGGAUGGACGCAGUCUACGCCGUGGCGCAGAAGCACGACCUCGUCAUUAUCGAGGACGACCCCUACUUCCCCCUCCAGUACGCCGAGUACACUUCCGACGCCUCCAAACGCUCCGAGAAUCUGGCCAAGGCGCGGGACUCUCUGCCACCCCUCCCCUCGACUCCAGAAAAGGACGACGCCCGCGCCGUAGCAGAGGCAUUCAAGGCGCACGCCGGCGUCGAGUCCUACCUAAAGCGCGACGUGGACGGGCGCGUCGUGCGCCUCGACUCGUUCUCCAAGGUCUUCGGCCCAGGUAUUCGGCUGGGGUGGGCGAGCGCGAGCCAGCAAUUCGUUGAGCGUCUCUGGCGCAUUGGCGAAGUCACGACGCAGACGCCGAACAACAUGACGCAAGCCCUGCUCGCGUCGUAUCUCGCCGAACCGAGCGCCAUUGCUGCGGCCGCGGGAGGGGCGGCGCCAGAGCAGGGCGGCUGGGGCCUGGCGGGCUGGUUGAGAUGGCUCCACGCCCUCCGCCUGUCAUACGAGGCGAAGAGGGACUUCUUCCUCGAUGCCUUUUACAGACACGUGCCCCAGGAUAUCAUCUCGACCGUCCCCGCGCGCGGAGGUAUGUUCCAGUGGCUCAGUGUUGAUCUUUCGAAACAUCCCCGGUACGACGGCAGCAACACGCGCGAACUCAUCGACGAGCUCGCCGAGAGUCUCAUGGACGCUGGGGUGCUCGUCAUGCCUGCGCGACUCUUCGUCGUGGAGAGCGUGCCGGGAGAGAGGAACGAUGAGAAACUCGCCGCGUUCAGAGCCACAUUCGCAGGAUCAGAGGAGACAAUAGACAAGGGCCUGAAGUUGUUUGGAGACGAGAUCAGGAGGUGGUUUGCGGAAGGAGCGAAGAAGUAG